AUGUACGAUCGCGGCGAGGAAACACCUUGGAUUCACGACAUGCUGUCCAUAAAAGAGGACAGCCCGAAUCUCAUCAAGAAUAUGCCAUUCGGCGAUUCGGACCAUGCACUGGACGAUCUUGGGGUUUCUCGUGGACUGAUCGCUGAUGUGGUCAAGGAUGAUCUGGUGUUUCUUGCGAAAGACAAGGGAAGCUGGCGGCACAUGCAGGUGCUCGUAAAGGCACAGGAGCACCUGGACGAAACCAUGUCCUGCGAUGUCAACUUCAUAUGCAGCAGGUGCAAGCCUCCGGCGGCUAAGAGCUCGAUCAGCUUUCAAGUCUUGAAGGACGUAGUUGCUGGAGAUCUGGCAGAUGCUGUGGCGAAGCGACUGAAGGAGGAACAUGGCGUGUGCCUCGGUGAUCUUUGA